AUGAUGCCAAAACCUCCGGCUCGGUGGGCGAUUUGCAGGCGAAUAUUUGAAACUGACGAUGAACGCUGGUUGUUGGGUGAUCUUCGCAUGCCAAUAUGCCACGGUGUUGACAUCGAAGGGCUUUCUAUCCCUCAACUGCAACAAUGUCUCGAAAGCAGAAAAUUUUCUGUUUAUGAUCUGACAGAGUGCUACUUGGAAAGAAUCAGACGCAUUAACGGAGUUUUAAAAGCUGUGAUUGAAAUCAACCCUGAUGCUUUAGAUAUUGCUGCUAGGAUGGACUGUGAGCGGAACCAGGGGAAAUAUCACGGCCCGCUUCACGGAAUCCCAUUCCUUGUUAAGGAUAUUAUGUCUACCAAGGACAAAAUGCAAACGACCGCCGGUUCUUCUGUUCUGAAGGAUAUUCUUCUCGAGGCGGUCAAUGCCGGAACCCAUAUUUAUAACCUUGCCGAGCAUCCAGGUGGUUCCAGUUGUGGCAAUAAUGAUGCCCGCCGACCCGCAGUGGAAUCGUUGGCAUUAAGCCAACGGUUUGGAUUGACAAAUGGGAAGGGCGUUAUUCCAGAAUCAAGGAGUCUUGAUAGUGUUGGGACGUUGGGAAAGACGGUACUGGAUGCUGCAAUUGCUUUAGAUGGCAUCGUUGAUUCGUCCGCUAUCCCGCCUUGUACCCCAACUGUUUCUGGGAAAGAGACCCUUCGAGGCGCUCAAUUUGGAUUACCCUGGAGAGGGGUAUGGGAAAAAGCCAGUCAGAACGAAGCAGCUAGAAAGCAUUAUCAGAUCUUUGAACAAGUAAUAGAGCGUAUAAGGGAAGCCGGAGCAAAUGUAAUUGAAUAUACCGAUUUCCCUAGUGCAGAAGAAAUCAUACCUCCUGGUGGAUGGGACUGGGACUAUCCCACCAAGCAGGGUCACCCAGAGCAAUCGCAAUUUACAGUAGUGAAAACGGAAUUCUACAAUGAUUUGAAGGCUUACCUUGGCAACCUCGCUUCCAACCCAAACAACAUCAGCUGUUUAGAUGAUAUAGUCAAAUACAAUGAAAGGCACGCAGAGACAGAAGGGGGGCGCCCUGGCGUACAUCCCGCAUGGCCCUCUGGACAGGACAGCUUCGAAAUGAGUUUGGACACCAAGGGCGUCAUGGAUGACACCUAUCGCCAUGCCCUGGCGUAUAUCCGUCGAAAAUCCCGCGAAGAAGGUAUUGAUGCAGCUUUGUCAACAAAGGAUGGCAACCAGCUUGAUGGGUUGUUGGUUCCCCUUCAAGCUGAUGGCGGUGUUGCAUGUCAAGUAGCUGCCAAAGCUGGAUAUCCCAUGAUCACGAUUCCCGUUGGCAUCGCAACCGGUGAGAACGACAUUCCAUUCGGUAUUGGAAUGAUUCAGACGGCAUGGCGGGAAGAUAAACUCAUCAGAUAUGGCUCUGUCAUUGAGGACCUGCUGGCUCUGAAAGCAAAACCUACCUUUAAGAACAUUGAUGCCGAUAAUUAUAUGUAUAUUGGGACUCCUGCAAAGUCAUAA